AUGUUUUAAUUAGUUUAAUAAACUAAUUAAAAUUAUUUACUUCUGCUCAAAGAAUUAAAUAAGCUUUCUCUAUUCUUUGACACAUAAGUUGUUGGCAUAAGAAAAUUAGAAGAAUAUUAAUUAAUAUCUUUGCUUUAUUAAGAAAUGCCUCAAUUAAAUAUUUUAGAAUUAAAAUUACAAAAAGAUAAUCUAAUCGAUUUUGGAGAUUCUAAUAAUCUCGUAUCGUUAUUUAUUUAGUAGACAUAAAUAAAAACUUUGAAAUUAGAAUUAAAAGAAAAUAACUUAAAAAAUACUUUUAUGGUUAAUCUAACAAAAAAUUUAAAUAAAUUAAUCUAAUUAAAGUAAUUAGAUCUAACUCUAAAGGAUAGUGAGAGUGCAAUUGACCUUAAAUCAAUUAUUUAGAAUUUAUUUGUGUUGAAUUUAGAUGAUCUUUCUUUAACAGUAGAAAGGUGUUAGAUUGACCAAAAUGAAAAUAAUAUUGGUCUAAUAAAUAAUUAAUCAUAAAACUUUAUGAAAAAUAUUGGUUUAAGAUUUGUAGAAAUCGAAAAUAUUGACAAUGUUAUAAAAGAUGUUUUAAGCAACAUAAACCGCUUUCUAAAUUUAGAAAAAUUCUAUUUUCAUUUAGAUAGAAUUAAAGGAUUAGAAAACUUACAAAUAGAAAGGCAAACAUGGAGAGAUGAAAUAUCUAAUUCAAUAAAUGUUAAUGUCGAAAUAUUAAAAACAAUUGUUUCUCAAUCAUUAAUUGACCAUAUUAACAACAAUUUACUUUAAGAUCAUAAAAAAUUAAUAAUUUCCUUAAAUAAAUAUACAUUUCAAAAUUGA